CCCGGUUCUCACACUCCUUCCCUUCCGCUCCACUUCACUCCAAAUUUCAAAAACUCAAAAAGAUCAAAACAAAAGAAAAAAAGUAAAAAAAAAAAAAGAGAAAAAAAAAAAAAAAGUUCAAGAACUCUUCUUUUCCCCAAUCCAAAGCUAAGCACAAAUCUCCCGCAUAAAACCCUCUCAAUCUCCUCCAAGCUCCCCAUCCAUGGCGACCCACCACCUCCCUCUCUAUCGCCCCUCCAUUUUUCCGCUCCCUACCUCCAUCGCCGCACCUUGAACCCCCGCUUCCCUUCCCUCCGCCCCUCGCGUUCGUCUUCCGAUGACUCCUACCUCUCUAUGUGGAAGAAUGCCGUCGAACGGGACCGCAUGUCACAGGACUUCCAAAGGCUUUCUUUUGAACCGGAAGCCGGCGAUGACGAUGGUGAUGGUGAGAGCGAGGAGACGUUGGUGAAGAAGACGGAGAUGUUUAAUAAGAUUCUUGAAGUGCCGAAGGAGGAGAGGGAUAGGGUGCAGCGGCUUCAAGUCAUUGACCGUGCGGCGGCGGCGAUCGCGCUGCGCCUAGACUGUGUUUGUGAUAUGCUUGGAAAGUAUUUUGUAUUUUCAUUGUUGAGUGUUGUUGGUUCAGUUCUUUUGAUAACUUUUGAGCACACUGAUUAUGAGGCAAGUCUCAUGUUUACAGGGUGGCAAUGUAUUUCCUGCUCAAUCAGAUGCCAGAACUCCUGGUCCAGAUUUUUUUGGUCAUGGUCACCUCCACCUGACACCAAGAGUACACCACAGGAAGACCUCACUUUAGAACCAGCUAGAAGCUCAAGUUCAUCUCCAAAUUCAUCUGGCUCAUUGCUGGAGAAAGAACCUGCUUUUAGAGUUUUUUUAGCUAUUCCAUUUGAGAGUUCAGAACAGGAACAUAGUCCUCCUCUACCACCUUUUCAAUCACUCAUGGGCAUUGAGAAACCAGAUAGCAAAAUUUCUAAUUCGGAUCUUUCUUCUGCAAGUAAUGAACAUAAGCUUGAGGUGCUAUUCUCAAGGAAUGCAACAGAGGCUGCUGAAGCACUUGGUAAGGCUAAUGAGGCAUCAUUGCAUGGGGUAAACCCAGAUGGUUCAAAAUGGUGGAGAGAAACAGGUAAAGAACAAAGACCAGAUGGGGUGGUUUGCAGGUGGACAUACAAGGGAGUUAGUGCCGAUGGAUCUGUUGAAUGGGAAGAUAAGUUUUGGGAGGCUUCUGAUCAAUUUGAUUAUAAAGAGCUUGGUUCUGAGAAAUGUGGUCGUGAUGCUGCCGGUAAUGUUUGGCGUGAAUAUUGGAGGGAAUCAAUGUGGCAGGAUCUAAGGACUGGGCUUACACAUAUGGAGAAAACCGCAGACAAGUGGGGAAAGAAUGAAAUCGGCAAUGAGUGGCAAGAGAAGUGGUGGGAGCAUUAUGAUGCUUCUGAUCAAGCUGAAAAAUGGGCCCACAAAUGGUGCUGCAUAGAUCCAAAUACGCCCUUAGAGGCUGGUCACGCUCAUGUUUGGCAUGAAAAGUGGGGCGAGAAGUAUGAUGGAAAAGGUAGUAGCAUGAAAUACACUGACAAGUGGGCAGAGCGUUCAGAAGGUGAUGGGUGGUCGAAAUGGGGAGACAAGUGGGAUGAGCACUUUGAUUCUAGUGGCUCUGGCGUGAAGCAGGGUGAGACCUGGUGGGAAGGGAAGUCCUGCGAGCGGUGGAACCGCACAUGGGGUGAGCAGCACAAUGGCUCCGGAUGGGUGCACAAAUAUGGCAAGAGCAGCUCUGGCGAACACUGGGAUACACAUGUGCAGCAAGAGACCUGGUAUGAGAAGUACCCACAUUUUGGGUUCAAGCACUGUUAUGAAAAUUCUGUGCAGCUCCGAGCAGUCAAAAGGCCAUCUGAUAAAUCACAGAACUAAUACAAGUAAAUUAAUGUAGUGAGAGCAUACAGGUUUUGAUCGGUAUUCCCUCACCUUACAUGAGUAUUCGCUCGUAUGUUGUUUAUAUGAUAAGGAUCUAGCACCGGAUGCAUACUACAUCAGUUCAUCCUCUGGUAUAUAUAUAGUUAUGUUAUUUCCUCUCUGUUUUGCACUAUACAACUUUGGAUUUGUAGGAUAUUUGGAACCUGUAUUUGGAAGGUUUGGAGGAUACAGUGUUACUAAAAAACUCGGAACUAGUGUUACUUAAAAACUUGGAACUCUGUUCCGUUUGGGUUUUCUUCAAGCAAUUAAUGAAUAUGAUGUUUUGUUCA